UCCUUGCGGCCCCCUCGGCUUCCUGGACCCGCUUCGUCCCGCCGCUCUCCCCGCUCGCUCCUCUCCUCUCCUCUCCUCUCCUUGCCGCGCCCGUUCGUCUCCCCCCCACCCGUUCCUCGCCUCGCUUACUGACCGGUCCUCGCCGGGCCAUGGCCGAGUGGAGCCCCGCCCAGGACAUUCAGUGGGACAUGGACUCCCAUCCCCCGGCAGCCGCCGCGCAGCCGCUCAGCCUCCCCAAGCCAACCCCCACGAUGGACGCCCUUCCCGUGACGGCUGAGCUCUCCCUGACCGUGGUGGCGGAAAUCCAAGCGGUGGAGAGCAAGGUGGAUGCGUAUGCCGCCCAACUCAUGAACCUGGAAGUUCGGAUGAGCAUGGCCGAGACCAAGCUGGACGGCUGCGAGAAGACGGCGGUAGAGUUCGGCAACCAGCUGGAGAGCAAGUGGGCCGCCUUGGGUACCCUCAUCCAGGAGUACGGGCAGCUCCAGCGGCGCCUGGAGAACAUGGAGAACCUCCUGAAGAACCGGAACUUCUGGAUCCUGCGUUUCCCGCCAGGUGCCAAGGGGGAGGCCCCUAAGGUCCCGUUGCUGUUCGAUGAUGCUGCCUGCAGUUUCUCGGAGCAAGAGUGGAGGGGUCUUGAUGAAAGCCAGAAGGACCUUUACCGCCACAUUAUGAUGCACAACUACCAGGCGGUGGUCUCCGUCGACGCGGCCGUCUCCAAACCGGAACUCCUCACCCGGAUUGAGCAAAGAGAGACCUUGGAGCAGAACGAUGGCAGAGGAGACUGCCCCCGUGACGAGUCCGGCUUCGGCAACCAGCCAGGAUCGCCAAUUUCGGCUCCGCGCGGGAGUUCCUGGAUUGAGGAGGAAGAUCUGUCUCUCGUCAAAAGCACGGGGGCCUCAGAGGACAGAGAAAUCCCUGGGGAGUGCACCAUGGGUGCUCCUCAGCUGUUGGAGGACGACGUGGACAACCUCUUCCCGCACAAGUGGAGCGAAGUUUUCCAGGGUCCUGGAGAGGAGCUGCUGUGCGAGAGCCAGUCUGUCUCUGUCGCCCUGCCCAAGAAGCCCCUCCGGCGGUCCACACAGGGACCGUCGGAGACCCAGAAAGAGCAUUCGGCCCCAUCAGCUGCAGAAGCUCACCCCGGCCCCUUCAUCUGCUGCGAGUGUGGAGAAGGAUUUGUGGACAGGCAGCUUUUCACCAGCCACCAGAAGACCCACGGCGGAAGCGGGGCAUAUCUUGUGCCAGAGCCUAAAGGAAACCCAGCGGUUAAAUUCACCCCCUUCUCUAUCCAGAGGGCCCCAACUCCUGCCCGUCCCAAAGUGCACAAGCGCCCUGAGCCGCAGAGGAGCCCAACGGUGAAACCCAGCGCUGUGAAACGGCCUGGGAACCACAUGGUGGAGCGUCCCUACACGUGCACCCAGUGCAAGGAGAGCUUCAAGCUGGAGGUCAGUCUGCUCCUUCACCAGAAACUCCAUGCGGGGAAGGGCGACGGGCCGCUGACCUGCACCUACUGCGGCAAGGACUUCCGGGACCUCUCCAAAGCUGUGCGCCACCAGCGGAUCCACACGGGUGAGCGGCCGUAUCAGUGCACGGAGUGCGGGAAAAGCUUCAUCCGGCGGGACCAUCUGUUGAAACAUUGGCGUGUCCACACGGGCGAGACGCCCUACCAGUGCGCUACUUGUGGGAAGAACUUCCGCUACAAGGAGUCACUGAACUGCCACCAGAAAAUCCACACCCGCAACCCCACCGUGCGCCACCUGAUGCUGGGAACACAGUCGGGGCUGAUGGGCCUGAAACCUGAGCAGCCGUACUCCAAGUUGGCUGUGAUGCGCCACUUGCAGCCCGAAAGAGCUGAGACGAGCUUGCUUGGGUGCAUGUUAAAGAUUCUAGCCAGGUGCGACCUGGCUUGGAUGGGGGGGGGGGAAAGAAAGCGAGGGGGGGGCGUCGGCUUGCUGCUGCGGGUGCGCGGCUCCUCCUCUUCCUUCGGAGCCCUCCCCCAAGUCCCCGUCCCCGCCGCCGCCCCUCCGCAGCCUUGGCGUCGUCCUAGCCCACCGCCCAACCGUGGGAAAGAAAUGGCAACACCGUGGGAACCGCCGAAUCUGCAGUGGAACCGAGCCGUCCCACCCCCGCUGGUGCCGCCCCCGGGACUCUUUUGGACUCUCCCCAAAACCGGAUGCGAACCGGCGGCGAUCCACCGGCAAGCCACCGAAUUCUCCCUCUGGACGUUGCUGGCAGCCAUGCAGGCGGUGGAGAGGAAGGUGGAUGUGCACUCGGGACAGAUCCGGACUCUUCGACGGCGGGUCGAUCUGGCGGAGCGCAAGCUCUCGGCGACAGAGAAAGCGGUGACCGACUUUCUGCCCCAGCUGGACGCACUGGGGACGCUGGUCCGGGCCUAUGAGCAGCUGCAGAAGCGGCUGGAGACGGUGGAGGAGAGAUUGAAGAAACCCAACCUUUGGGGGCUGAACGUCCCACCAGGCGCCGGAGGGGAAAGCCCGCAGGUUCCUGUGAAGCUGGGCAACGUCUCAGCCUACUGCUCAGAACUGGAGUGGGAGGACUUGAACUCGGGAGCACCAACGCGCCAGAAGGCUGAGGAGUCCUUGGUUUCAACUGAUUGUGCUACCUCCAAACCUGGUUCAUUAUCCCCAACGAAAGGGGGGGCGCCUUUAAGUGGGAAGCACCAAGGGACCUCUGGGGAAGCAGAAGACAUCCAACAAGACAGAACAGGUAAUUUGCAGGGAACCCAUUCCCACAGCCAACAAUUCCAAAAGCAUUCCCAAAUGCUUGGUUUUCUUAUCUGUUCCCUAGAAGCUGUUGUCUUCUUGCGGACUGGCGCCGUAGCUGACACAGAGCCUGGAAACCUGGAUCAGUUCAGUCCCUUGCCUGCAUCUUUGGAGCAAGAUGUAUCACCCUCCUCAGAGGAGGGCUUGGUGCCAGUGGACAGCCGGACGGGUGCACUGCAACCGUCGACUGAGUCUGGAGGAGACAUCACAAAUUUUACUACCAUCGUUGUCCAGGAAGGAGUACUUCCUGGUGAAGCGCCGUACGUGUGUCCUGAUUGUGGUAGGAGCUUCUUGUAUGAGGAACAAUGCGCCUUGCACCAGCAAUCCCAUCUCCAAGUCUCUCCUGACCGUGGAGACGCUCCUGUACAACAUCCCCAGCCAGCGGUCAGGGCGUAUACCUGUCCAGAUUGCGGGCGCUGGUUUCCCCACCAGGCCAGCCUGAGCAAACACCGCCUCUGGCACACGGGCGAUCGGCCUCACACUUGCGCUGAGUGCAAGAAGACUUUCCGACUGAAGAUCAAUCUGCACCUUCACGAGCGUACUCAUGCGGUCGCCAAAAAAACCGGCUUGUACAUCUGCAGCCAAUGCGGCCGGACGUUCAACCAUCACUCGAAUUUCUUACGGCACCAGAUGAUCCACACCGGGGAGCGGCCAUACACCUGUGGGGAAUGCGGGAAGACAUUCAUCCGUAAGGAGCAUCUCGCUACCCAUGGGCGGCUGCACACAGGCGAGCGGCCCUACCAGUGCCCACUUUGCCCAAAGAGCUUCACCCGCAAGCAGCAUUUGGUGGGACACCAGCGCCUGCAUGAGGGGGAGGCGAUCUGGCUGGAGGAACACCCCACUCAGAUGAACGGGCAUGGCCAACGGGGUGGAAUCGGGCUCCGGGCAGACGAUGUUGAGCCUGGACUCGGACAAGAGACGUAUCCCCCGUAAACUGUUCAGCAGAUUCCAAGGGAGAACCAGAUGAGAGGAUGGCGGCCUGAGAGCAGAGUUUAGGCAGCCAUCUUGAACCAAGCACAGGACUGUCAUUGGUCACAGCCUUGCUCCCCAGAACUGGAGGCAGAAGGCCAGAUCUGGGGCUUAAGGCCCAUGGAGUUGAAACGGACCUUGGAGGCCUUUUGGUCCAACUCCCUGCGCAAUCAGAAGACCCUACCCCAUUCUGGACCAAUCUCUUCUCACGUGACUGAUUCCUUGAGUUUUGCUGAGACCGAGAUGUGGAGUGGGUCAAAAAAGUCAAAAUGGCCACCAGCCCAAUCCCUAUUUUUGCCGAUACUCGAUAAGAGGUUCUAACGGUGCUGCGUUCAGUUCCUGGAGAUCGAAUUCUUAAUUCUCUGUUUUCAUCCCUGGUUAACUUCCUCUGUGGGAGGGAGGACAAGGGAAUUCUGGGAGUUCCAACUUUAACUUCAGGCGCAAAGAAUCAGGACCACGUCUUAAAUCCCAAGUCGCUUUAAUCCCUCGUGCCUAAACUGGUUGAGUCCUUGUCGUAUGACCGCAAUCUAGCUCAACCUCUCCACUUGUUCAGUGAGCUGUGCCCAUUUUACCACUGUCGUUAAGCAAAUCCCCACAGCCCUUAACAUGGAUGAAUCGGGCUUGCCCGUUGACAUUUGCUGGUCGGAAGUCAGUUGUCACCUGAAUUUUGAGUACGUCAACACAGGGAUGCCACAACGAUCAUUAAGUGUGUCCCUGGGAUGCAGCAACCUGUCAUAAAAGAUGAGUCAGCUGUCAAAACAUCUGAAUUUUCAUUACAUUGACAAGGGAUGCUACAACGGUCAUAAGUGUGAAAAAACGGUCCCAAGUCAUUCUUUUUUUUUCAAGGCCAUUGACAUCUUGAAGAGUUACGAAAUCAUCCUUGUGUAACGACCCUAUAAUCCCUCGAGGGGUGGAGUCUGGGCAGCUGAAAGGAGCUAGCAGAGUCUUUCCUGGCCGGAUGCCCUUCCUGAUGCCGAUGCUGAGUUUUUGUUUGGCAGAUAUAUUCUCAAUGUGCCCAGAGAGAGAAAUAUCUGUUUCUAUCUAGGAUCGAACUCACAGCCUCCUGAUGGUGAAGCGAGAGGUUCUACCUCUAGGCCAUCGCACUGCCCUUGAAAGGUCACUAAAUGGACUGUUGUAAGUCAAGGCCUGCCUACAUUGUCAUUGUAUAUUGUACAUGUAAUUGUACAUUGCUCAGACUGUUCCUAAUUAUAGUGAUAAAAUAAAGGAAAUAAAAUUCA